UUACUUGAAGUUGUGUACGAUCGGGUCGCGUGGCGGGUGUGCGCGCCGCGGCGGGGGCGGCGGGGGGCGGGGGCGGCCGGUCACGACCGCGCCGCGCCGACUUCGCACCGGUCGGGUCAGUUCCGAUCGGCGCCCGCGCAUACACGCGCGCUCAAAUACGAACACAACUAUUUUUUUCUUCCAAAAUUUCCUCUCGAGACUGCUUCUCCUUCUUUAGUCCAAGUUGUUACACAGAUAUAAAAGUGAUAGUGAUCAGACGGAAGUUUAUGUGAUUACUUUGCCGAACAAUAUGUUCCCGGGGAGAUGAUCUUUUUGCAUUGCAACUUUUGCACUACAGACCUUUAUGGUGUUUAAAAUUGUUACGAGUGAAAUCUUUAUCAGUGAAGCGGUGCGCAGGCGGCUCAUUGUCAGAUUAUCUCGACACAGAACUGGGUCGCAGCAUGCGGGGAGUGACGUGAGCGAUGUCGUCGGAAGCGCGCCCCCGCUCGCCGCCAGAGGGCGCGCGGCGCCGGCGGGAGCGGGACAACAACAGGUCGGGGUACGUGACGCUGGGCGCGGUGCGAUACUCUGUGCGGCGGGCGGGGGUGCCGGUGCGCGCGGGGGGCGGCGGGGGGUGUCCGUGUCGCUGCUGCAGCGAGGAGCUGGUGGCGGCGUGUCUGCCGCGCGCCAAGCCCGAGCGCCGCACGCUGGAGCGGCUGCGGGGCCGCCUGGGGCGCGGCCGCGACGACCGGCCCUCGCGCCACCAGCGGCUGCAGGCCCUCACCGAGCGGCUCCUGCCGCGCUCGCCCGCGCCGCCGCCCCCGCCGCCCCCGCCCCCGCCGCACUCCGCGCCCGUGCUGCCGCCGGUGCCGCCGCCGCGCGCCCGCCACCGCCACAGCCCUCCGCGCGGGCUCUCCGUCGACCGGUGCGAUGACUUCGACGCCGACAACAUCACGCUGGUUCGUGUCGAGCCCCGCUCCAUCGUCGGCUCGUAUGCUCAGAAGACUAUUCCUUAUCGGAGUGCGUCGUUUUCACAAGGAGACUUUGCGCAUGAUAAAUACUACAAAGUGCGACAGCCUUCGAUCUUUGAUUUUGGAAAACGUGCUUCUAAAACUGAAGCGGGUCGGUCGGGAUCGAUUCUGGCACGGCGGGAAGGCGAAUCAUCUCAAGAUGAAAAUGCUACGGAAGGUGGAUCCCUCGCAUCAGUAGACUCGGCGGUGGGUUCCGACGAGGGUUUGCUAGCGCACGCGUCUCCAGCGCCGAGGUCUCCGCCGCCCGCCGCCCCUCUCGACACUCUACACAAGCUUAGUGGCCGUUCGUUAACCCACCCGCUUCCUCGACGUAUUCCGUCAGUGCGUGAAGAAACUGCCACUGAAGCUGGUGGCAGCCUGCCUGUGCUCGGCCGGGUCCUUCAAGAAUUACGAGAGGAGAGCGAUGGCUCGCAGGCAGACAGUGCGCAGCCGCACAGCGAGGGCGCGUCGCCUCUUGAACCCACCCAACCGUUUGCUUUCCCGCCGUUGCCUGAACCACCACCUAACGCGUGUGCAAACUUGCAUUGUGAGUGUAGUAAUUUACCGGCUGAGAGUGAGGACACCGAGAGUGCUCCAGAGAGUUCUAUUCCAGUGCCUGUGUAUGAGUGUAUUGUGAAACAAUGGUCUCAGCAGGAAAUGCCCCAAGAUGAGCCAUCACGAGACAAUGCGUCGGAUGGUUCGCUAGAUAGAGACAAAGAGGACGAAACGAUAACUAGUGAACAAGUGGCCAAUUUAUUGGCAGCAGUGAAAAACACGGGAUCGGCGCCGGCGCCGUUGAGCCCAGCUCCUGUACUAGCUGCGUCUGGAUUGAGAGAACGGCGUCGGCCUUCCGACAAAUCAAAGCGGCGGAAGGGUAUCUACAUCACCACGGCUAGCGAUGACGGUGGAGAGGAGGAACCGCCGGCCAUCAACGGCUGCAAGCGCGAAAGCAGCGACGCAUCUCUUCAGGAAAUGCGUUUGUCUGCUGAAGCGCGGACUUCGUCUCUUCUUGGUGAAAAAUCGGAUGACUCGUGCACGAACGGUCCACCCAGUCCCUGCGAAGUAUCGACACUUAUGUGGCCUCGAUCGGAAGAGCUAAGAACGAGACGAGCGAGGUUUUCUCAACAGAGUUCAGACGAGAGGGACGAUGAGUCUUACCGGACGAGACGGAAAUACGGUGUCACUUCGCGAGGUGACUCUCCAUCCGAGGCGGAGAGCGAUACUUGUUCCCGAGAUCGGACGGCGUCGCCGUCGCCGUCGCCGUUCAGUCCGUCCGACACGUCCGACGUCGAGGUGAAGCGGCAGCAGUUCAGUCGAAGUAAUUUCGGGAAGACUUUGGAGGCGCCGUCUUUGAAAUCGGGGGAAGUGGGUAGGAGGAGUUUUUCAGAUGCCACAGUGCCGAACCGGAAGAGCAGUGCGGGCCCGGCGAGCGCGGGCGGCGCGCGCGGCCGCGGCCCCACGCACGUGCGCGCGACCUCCUCGCCGUCGAAGCUGGCGGGCGCGCGCGGCGCCGACCUGCUGCAGGAGCUGCUGCGCGGCAGCUCGGAGGCGCUCUCCAACACUUCGCACUUCGACAACGUCGUGCUCACGCUAGGAGAACAUAACGACACGCGGACGCACGUGGUGGUGGAGCUGUACGAGACUGAGAAAUCCUACGUGGAUUCACUUGAAAUACUCGUCAAGAAAUAUCUCCAACCGCUGAAAAGCCCGGAGAACGCUGGUCUGCUGGAGGCGGCCGUGGUGGACGAGAUCUUCUUCCAGGUCCCUGCCAUCCUGGCGGUCCACCGCUCGUUCCUCGAACAGCUCAGGCGGAGGCUGGAGAUGUGGGACCUCGCGCAGAAAGUGGGGGACAUCUUCUUGGAGGUGUUCACCAAACCGGCCGUGAUGGAGACGUACACGUGCUUCAUCAACAACCUGAAGCGCGCCAAGAGCACGGUGAAGACCGCCGCGGCGUCACGACCCGCCUUCGCCAAGUUCCUGGACGCCAUGGCGCGGGACCACAAGGGGAAGCUGUCUUUGGACAAUCUGCUCAUAAAGCCAGUGCAGAAGUUUCCUAGUUACAAACUGCUAGUGGAAAGACUCAUUAAAAAUACGGACCCAUCACACCCAGACCACAAGUACCUAUUAGAAGCUAAGAAGGUGAUCCUGGAACUUCUGGAGCUGAUCAACUGCACGGAGCGGGAGAGCGUGGAGCUGGAGCAGCAGCAGCAGAUCCUCAGGGACUUGGAACAACUCGUGGAGGGUUUGUCGGGGCUGGCCGGGACAGACAGAGUCCUGCUAAGGCACGACACGGUGACGAUGCCGGCCGCGCAGGGCGCCGUCAAAGACCGCGCCCUGUUCCUCUUCAACGACACGCUGCUCAUCACCAGCGUCAAGCGGCGAACUGGAACUAUCAAGAAACCCAUUCCAACAUACCAAAGUAAUAUAGCAAGUCAAAUGGAAGGCAACAAGUACAAACUUCUCAUGAGGAUACCACUUUCUGAUCUCGAAAUUGUUAAAGCAAAGGACGAAAACGUCCGGCGCAUGAUGUGCGAGGCGGAAGCGCUGUCGGCGGACGCGGCCACGCUGCGGCGCGUGUGCGAGCAGCUGCGCGCGCUGCGCUCGCCGCGCCCGCAGCUGGAGGAGGCGGCGCGCGACGCGCUGCGCGGCGCCGCGCUGCUGGCCGAGCGCGCCGCCGCCGACGCGCAGCUCGCCCAGCUGGAGCUCGGCGUGGCCACGCAGAACGGCCCCGAGAAUCUUACGAUAAUAUUCCCGAAGACAGAAAAGAGAAGCAGUUGGGAGGAGUUAGUGAACGAAACCAAACAGAAAUUGAGCGUGUGGAGCGGCGCGGGCGCGCCGGCGCCGGAGUUCGUGUCGCCCGUGCCCAUCCGCAAGACGCGCGCGGGGCUGCAGUUCACGUGCGCCGCGCCCACGCUGCCGCCGCCCGGACACGCGCCCGACGUCUGGGUGUGCAACAGCGACGGCUACGUGGGCCAGGUGUGCGUGCUGUCGCUGCAGCCGCGGCCGCAGGUGGCGGCGUGCAACGGCGUGUGCAACGCGCGCAUCCUGUGCGUGGCGUGCGUGCCCGCGCCCGCGCCCGCGCCGCGCGCGCGCCACGACCCAAGUACGAGUUCCCUGAACAGCGUGGGCUCGGCCAAACCUGGGAUCAGCGUGUCGGAUCCCGAUGACAGCUGUCAGAACAUACGCCUGGACAGCUCGUCAUCGAGCGACGAAGACGACGACGGUUCUUCAACGAGCGAGAACCCUGAGCAAAUGAGCCAAUCAGAGCGGCCUGCGCUGUCGCCCGCGCCGCCGGCAGCGCCGCUCGUGCCCAAUCACAGCAAGAGCCUCAGCUCCCCGCACACCGGCCACAUCGCGCCGCACCCAGUCAUGAAGUCGAACUCGAACCCGGCCGUCGACAAACAAGCUAUGGGUAUUACUUCGGGCACCCUGUCGUCGCCGGCCAGCCGCCAGUCGUCGGAGGAGGGCGGCGCGCACGCCACCAUGUGGCUGGGCACGGAGGACGGCUGCAUACACGUCUACAACUGCCAGGACAACAUCAGGGUCAAGAAGAACAAGAUCAAGUUGCAGCAUAACUCGGCCGUGCAUACUAUAGUAUAUUUAGAAGGGAAAGUGUUCGUGGCGCUUGGCAACGGCGACCUCGUUGUUUACGGAAGAGACAUAGAGGGCGGGUGGGCGGAGCGCGCGCGCGUGGCGGGCGGCGGCGCGGGCGGCGUGCUGGCGGUGCGCGGCCGCCUGUGGUGCGCCGCGCUCACCGCCAUCAAGAUCAUAUCGCCGCACACUUUGCAGGUUGAAGAAACAUUCCAAAUAAGCUGCGAGUCGCGGCCGAUCAGCCACAUGGCGGCGAGCGGCGGCCUGCUGUGGCUGGCGCUGCACAACGCGCCGCUGCUGCGCUGCUACGCCGUCGGCCGGCGCGAGCUGCUGGCCGAGAUCAACAUCACGCCCACCGUCACUAAGAUGUUGCACGGCUGCGACGACAUCAUCCGCCAGCACAAGGCGGCGUGCCUGCGCGUGACGGCGCUGCUGGCGCUGCGCGACGCGCUGUGGGUGGGCACCAGCGCGGGCGUGCUGCUCACCGCGCGCCACGCGCCCUCCGCGCCUCACGCUGCGCCCAUACUCACUGGUGUCACGUACGGACACACAGGUCACGUGCGGUUCCUGACGGUAGUCGAGAACCCUGUACCCCAAAAGCAGCCGCAAAAACCAACGCAAACGUCACUCAAGACGAAAGCGUUGAGCCGGCGGUCUACGAACGCGGAGAAACUUCAGAAGCAGGCGGAAUCCAAUCAGAACGACAAGGAGACGCUUGUUAUAUCUGGCGGGGAUGGCUACGAAGACUUCCGCAGUUCCACCAUGACGGAGGACGCGGGGAGGGAGGACUCCACCAAUCACCUGCUGCUGUGGCGCGUGUGAGCGAGACGGCGCGCUACAGGAUCCAGUGACGCGGUUGCUUCGGCGCCGCUCGGACACUUCGCGCCAGCGCAGACGUCCGACCUGAAUGUUUCCUCGUGAACAUUAUUCCAACUUUCAUUGAAAGAUAAACGUUGUAUGCUAAUUCAAUAUUAAACGUUUGAUGUGUUUGCGCUCUUUUGCGUCAAUGAGAUUAUUAACUAUUAGUUAGGACAUAAAAUGUCGAUCGAUCUUAAGGAAAUUAUCGAAAUUUUUGAGAUUUAUUUAACAUCAUACAGUAUUAUUGAAAUUUUAUAUAUUGGAGCUGUUAAUGGCGAUACAUUUAUCUGUAGACGUUUUAUAAUAAUAUGGAACUGUGUUUUAGAUCAAUUUACUGUGCGUAGUCAUAUCGGAAGUGUUUUGUCGGUGACUGUCCAAGUAGUGUACCUGCCUGUUCAAGUUGAGUAUAUGUGUGCCUAAAGUGUAUUUAGGUCUUAAUUGUUCAUAAUUGGUUGUCUUAGUAUCAGACCUCUACGGGAAUCAUCGUCCGAUGACAAUCAUUCGUUUUGUAACAAAGGUUUUGCGGUUAGAAUUUGAUUAGGUAUUAUCAAAAACGAUAUCAUAUUGUAUAGUUUGUAUGUAUAAUAUUGAUGCUCAUAGCACAUUUAUCAGAGAUUUUAUAAUUCCAGCUUUAAAGUUAAGAACUGAUUUUUUUUAACAUUUUAAAAUUUAUGAAACAUUUGUGGAGAGAAUCAGUGAUCAAAUGAUACUUAUCAAAUUAGACGCUGAAUUUUUAUAAAAAUCAUUCUAGUGAAAGAGUAGUUAGCGAUUGCUCAAAAAUCUCUAUAUGUUACCCGUGCCCACAUAUUGUAUAACAUUAUUUAAUUAUUGAAUGUUCGGAUGAUGUAUUCUAUAUUUAUAAUGCAGAGUAAUAAAACAAAGUCGCACUAACA